AAUUAUCUGCGCUGGAAUUAGAUUAUUUUUACUGUGUUUCAUAAAAUAGAAAAUCGAUUUUUUUUUAUCACAAAAUACACUUGAUUUUCGCGAGUCACGUGCGUCGCAAGAAGAAUUAAAAACCACCGACGAGAGACACAGUGGCCAAUCAGAAAAUCUUCAAGCGCAAAGAGUGGUGGAAGCCGCACGUGGGAAGAGCGAGCGAGAGAGAGAGAAAGACAACGAUAUCGCUUCACUUAGCUAUUUCAUUACCUUCACUCGAUCCUUGGCCGCAGUGCAACACGGAGUCGCGACUACGUUUCGUCGUCGAAGAAUCGUUGUAGAUGAUAUCAAUCGGCGCGAUUCUCGCGCGCACGCGGACGAAUGGAUCGUGCGUUGCAUAAUAAGAAGAUCGAGUGAUUCCAAAUCUGCCUGCUUGAAGGCUGAGGAAGAAUAACGAUCGCUGACAAUAGACGAGAAACCGACUUUAUAGGUGCAUCCUACAAGGUGUUGGAUUCAAGAUCAUGUGUUUGUUGUCCCUCAGAAUGUCGCGGAGGAUCAAUGUCUGCGCCAUCGUGUUGCUCUUUCUGCUCGAGCUGACCACGUCGGCUAUGGUCCUGCCGAGGCCGCCCUCGUCGCAUCCUAAUCACAUCCGUCAGGAUCAGGAUUUGUCGGCGCACAAAGCGCUCGAGGGCAAGUCCCUUCACGGCGUCCCCGCGCGAGACGUCAACAUAGAUAGACCCGAGGACUACAGAUUCGUCGAGAUCGAGCUGCGAAAUGCAGACGAGAUGGACGCGGCGAAUCUGCAGGGUCUCGUGCAUGCGAUGCUGAAUCAGCAGCAAACCAGCGAGCAGUCGCAAAUACCGAGCGAUCCCGGCUAUCCGAAUCCCGAGGUAAUCCCGCACUCGAUCCUCGGCGUACGCGACAUGGGGCUGAGUCCCAACUAUCGGUUGGAUACCUUCGACGACGACAAACGGGUCCUACUGAGAGCAUCGCCGAAACUACAGAGCCUCGACGAGAAGCUAUACUACUUGAAGAGUGGUCGUCCCAGAGUCUACGUAAACGUUCGCGGACACAGCGGCUCCUUUCGCAAGGAGACGACGUUGACGGCGACUCCGAGCGAAGGCGCGGUGGGAUACCUAAGGGUGACGCGACCAUUCGAGAGGCAGACGGACUGGAAGACGCGAGACAGGAAAGCACGACCGCCCAAAAAGUUCGAUCGUCGCGUCGACGGUGUCGUUUCGUCCAAGAGCCAGGAGGUAGGUAGUAAGGCGAACGAUCAAGGAACGUUAUACGAACGAGCGGACGAUCCGUCGACCACGGAGAAUUCCAUGGUCACGUCCAGCGAAUUGCCCAAACAGAUACCCGCGCCGCCCAGCAAGAUCCGGACUCUGAUGGCACAGACUACACCUGUGCAAAGGUACGCGUUCAGAAGGACGGAUAUCUUGCCGGGUUAUGGCUUCAUCGAGGAAUAAUUGGAAUGAAAACUGGCGCAAAAUUGAUUUCUUCGCGAAGAAUGCAGACGCAUCUCUCGUGUUUAGAAGCUCUAAAGUACAAAAAGAUACGACCAAAAAGAACGGCAGAGAAAUUUUAUUAUGAAGUAAUUAUUCACGUACCGCUAGCUUUAUAAAGAGCGUUGAUAAUUAUUUUUUCGAGUUUUUUUUUUUCGUCUUUUACAUAGUAAUUAAAUUAAAGUUGUAAAUCCGACAUAUUUUCCAAGUGGCACGAAACCUUGGAAACCUCGAUGUGGGGUAGCUGUGAUUGCACGAAAAAACAUUAUCUUGCCUCGGCGAGACUCUAACGUCAUUAAAUCAAUAAAUUUGACGUCGAGUCGGGCUUAAGAGUUUAAUUUAUAUGCCGGGUAGAGACGACUUACGGUAUAUAUCAUACAUAUAUAAGAGUACUAUAUAUAUCGUUAUUUAUACAGAUUAAUAUAUGCUUGUAAUACAUAUAUAUAAUUGUCUAAUAUAGAAUUAAGAUAAUAGAGUAUAUAUAAAAUAUAUUAACUUGUAACGAUAAGUGAGAAAGUAUGCGCAUGCUGAUAAAACAUUUUUACUUUCUCCUAUUCUUUGGCAAUUGAAUUUUUAUUUUUAAAGAAAAGAGAUAUGAUGAAACGCUAGAUAUACUAUAGUGUAAAUUAGAAAGAAAAUUGUAUCAAUAGAAGCUUACCUGCUCUGCCUUUAACGUGAGCUCGAUGAAGAUCUGCUGUAAUUUUUCGUUCACGAAAUUGAUGCAGAACUGCUCGAAACCGUUCUUCUCAAAGAUCUCGAAGCCGUAUAUGUCUAAAAUCCCGAUCUCGUAUCCAUCCGUAUUUGUCUCCAUAGCGAAAUUGACUUUCUGCAAAAUCGUCAAUUACUCGGUUAAGAGAGAUCUAAGCUCCUUUUAUAAAUUUUUACAAUAUUUUUUUUAGAUGAAAAAAAAAAAAAUUAUCGAUGUGGAAAUGUAUAUAUCAAAUGUAUUUUUGCCAAAAAAAGUCAAUUCACUUUUCUUUUUACGAAAGAAAAGAUUUGCUCAGAUUAUCUUCCAUAAAAGAUUAUCUUCCAUAAAUAUUAUAAUCACUACUGAAAAUAACAUUGCCGCAAUGUUACUACAAUGUUGCAAUAUUGCUGCAAUGUUGCUGCAACGUUCUGUGCUGUAUGGAACAUUUCUCCGUGUCACGUGUAACAUCGGAACUAAAUCUUUUGAAUGAAUUUCGGAUGAAUGCUCCGUCACACCUUAACCAGAUAGUCGAAAAGUCGGGCGUAGAUAUCCUUUGCUAAGGCAUCCUUCGUAUAAAGCGCCUGUUCUACAUUCAGGGUCACAUCCACGCUCUCAGAUUGACUCCCCCAUUUCGACUCGAAUUCUCGAGAAAUUAGCUUGUGCGAUAGCUGUUCUGCCGAAAUUCCAAAGAGAUAGGCAGGAAACUCGAGAACUGAAAAUAUAUUUAUAUACGGUUAGGAGAGAAACUUUUGCGGCAGAAAUGUAAAUAUUAAUAACACAUAUAUCUAUAUUAUUAAAAUUAAUUUAUCUUGGACCAACUGAUAAGGCACGAUAGAUUGUAGAUAGAUUAGUCAUGCGACUUUAUAUACAUAUGGAUAGAUAAAGCUAGAUAUUAAUAAUAUAAUAGAUAUAUAAGUUAUAUAU